UUUGGGGGUCAAGGGCUGCCGGGGCCAGGGGCUCCCAAAGCUCAGCAGCACUUUCUGCAGUAGCCAGGGGGUGACAAAGAGGCUGCUGGGGGUAUGGGGCCCCCCGACCAGGCACACUGUGGUACUCGUGGGAAGCUGCUUUUCAACUCCUGGGGUUUUUUUUCCCCUCUUAAUCUGGGUAAUACGUAACCAAAAUAAACAUACUGAGGAAAAACCAACCCAACCCAGUGGGCUGUUUUUGUCUUGGUGCAUGCAGCUCAUCUGUGGGCUGGCUGGUGUUGUCCUGGGGCAGCUCUACCCCAUCCAGCUUGGGGGGGUGAGUGAGUGGCUGCUGGUGGCCAGCUGCCAACUGGGUUUGAAUCAUGACCCUGGGCGAGUUUUAGGGGCUCAGAACCAGACUUAUUUUUUGGGCUCCCAAAGAGAGACUCAGGGCCAUGUUUGGGGGGCUCAAAACGGGGCUCAGAGCUUAAAAACGGAGACUAAAUGCUUCAUUUUGCAGUCCUGCUUAGAAACAGCCGUUAAAUCCUGCUUUCAGGGCUUGAGGCAGAGAGCGUGUCCCGUGUCUUUGGGCUCACAAAGAGAGACCAAGUGACGCAUUUUAAGGCCUCAAAAACCAGUGACUAAGUCCUGUGUUUUGGAGCCCUGAAACGAGGGUCACUCAGCCAGUGCUUGGGCUCACAGAGAGAGACCAAGUCCUGCACUUUGGGGGCUUUAAGGCAGAGACCGAGUCCUGUGGAGUGACCAGUACUGAAGGUGAGAAAUGGAGACUGAGUCCUGCUGGCCUUACGUGGCCACAUUUAGGGCUGAGAAGCAGUGACUGAGUCCUGCAUUUUGGGGGCUUGAGGAGAGACCACGUCCUGUCCCUCAGCCCCUCUUUGGGGAAGGUGUCUCUGGGAAAGGGGGUUUAAAUCUUUCCCCCUUUGGGAAAGAGGGGUUAAACCUGGGGGACCAGUCCCAUGGCUGUGGGGCAGUAAGAGGGCUGGAGAUGGCUGGGACAGACCCUUCUGCCAGGGUUUGGGUUGCAGCUCAGCUUUUGGCUGGUGCUGGAUCUCCAGCCUUGGGGGGGAUCCCCUCGAGCCUCCCCUCCUGGCCCUGCUCAGCCCCCGCUGCCUGCCCGGGCUGAGGUGUUGAGCAAUGUCCGGGCUUUGCUCGCCUCUUCCCGGCAGUGGUUUCCCGCUCUCUGGCAUGAGCCAGAGGGAUUAACGUGCUGCUAAUCCCACUGUGUGGCCGGGAGGGAGGAGUGGGUCAGCCGGGGCUGGGAGCCUGUUGCUGCCGGGCGAGACGGUUCUGGGCAAAGCCCUUGGAGUGGCGAUGCGUGGGGGAAUCGGGGGAAUAAUCUGUCACUGUUGAUCCCAGAGGCGGGAAUUUGCAGCGUGGUGCCAGGCCCCAGGCACGGAAGAGGGGGAGAGCCGGGCCAGCGGACGUGUGAGCGGAGCUCCCGGCUGGAAUGCACCAGCUCAGCAAGGGAUUGUCCUGCCCGGGCCGGGCGGGCGCUGCGCCCUGAGCCUGGUGGCCGCAACAGCUGCCCGGACCAUGGCGGGAGCAGACAGUCCCUCGGCCGCCCUCCGGCGCCGCGACCUGUGCGCCCGCGGCAUCCGCCUGGCCGGGAAGAUGCGCUCGGACGUCGUCGACCUCCUGGACGCCUACGUGGAGCAGCAGGGCCUGGACGCCUCGGCCAGCGUGGCGGCGGUGGAGGGGGUGCCGCCGGCGGCGGUGGAGCGCUGGGACGAGCAGACGGGGACCCAGCGGCUGCUGGAGAACCUGGCGGCGUACAGGGCCUUCCGCGGGCUGCUGGCGCAGAUGCUGGAGGAGCAGCGGGAGCAGCUGGGUGAGGCCGACGCCGCCCUGGGCCGGGCGCUGGCGGCCGUGCUGCUCCAGGUCUCGGCCUUCGCCUACCACCUCGAGGAGCUGCUGCGGCUGGAGAGCCGCGGGCCCCCCACCGACGAGGGGGACGGGCCGCCCCCCCAGCCCCAGAGCGUCUUCGAGCAGAAGCUGCGGGGCCUGGGGGUGCUGCGGGAGCUGGCCCAGUGGGCCGUGAGGUCUGCGCGGGACCUGCGGCAGCUCGCCAAGCCCGGCCCGGGCGCCAGCUCGGCCCCCAGCCCGGCCGAGAGCCCCUGAAGGCGAGCGCGGGGCGGGGGGUCUGGGGUGCCACUGGGGCACAGUGGGGGGCAGCUGACAGCGAAGGAGGGCAGGUGGAUGGGACGGACCGUGUCAUUAACCCCUGGGCCCCCCGUGCUUUUGGUGCCGCUCCCUGUGGGGAAGCUGAGGCACGGGCCGUGGUGUACCCCGGAGGGAGCGGGGAUCCCCAGGCAGGACGAUCCUCAGUGGUCCUGGGGCUGGCAGUUGGAACUAUCCCCUGGGAAGCGGCUUUGCUGCUCACCCCAGGGCCUGGAGGCCGUGACCCUCGGCUGGGGUCCUUUUCUUUGGAAUUUGGUCGCUACCUGGUUCGCUGUGGCCACCCUGGGGGCUCUUGCGGAUGCGAGGCAGGAGCCAAGGGGCAGCAAAGUGUCACCCGGCCAAAGGAGUCUCGGGACCUGCCCCGCAGCUGCAAGGAGCAAGGCUUUGCCUCCUGCACGUGAACUCUUCUGCCCAGCUUGUGUUGGCUGCUCAUUGGAUUUCUGCUCUAACUGCUUGGGGGCUUUUUGGGGAGGGGGGGGAAGUGGGGGUAUGAUCAGGAGGGGAUUUCUUAACCUCUUGGACAUGGUAACGGAGAGGAUCUUUUCACCGAAGGCUGCGGUUCAGAAGCCCCUCUGCAAGGAGGUUGGUGCCUCCAGGGGUUAUUUUAGGGCUGGAAAUGGCACAGAGAAUCAAACAGCCCCAACCACAUCGCUCACCCUGUGGAGUGCUGCAGUUUCACAGCUGCCUGAGCCGUGGUUCUCGUGCUGACUGCAUAUGAGGGCUGCUGGCUGCUGAGUGAAUAAAAGGGCUGGGAGAUCUAUCGGGGUGAGGUACUUCUUGUGGGAGGUGGGACAGUGGGGCUCAACCUCCCCGGAGAGCCUGGGCUGCCCUGUGCACACACCAGGGAAGGGUCAGUCCCGGCGGGGUGAGAGGUCUGGGAGGGAUGGGACCCACUGGGAGGCCGUGGGGAAGAUGAAGGAGCUGGGGAUGAAGGACGUGGUGGUGGGAGGAUGAGGAGGAGGUGGGGGGAUUGCUGGGGUUGUGCCUUGUCCUGGUGUGGCCCUGCCUUCUCCCCUGGCCUGUGAGAGGAAAGGCAACACUGGGGGGAGAGCAGGGCCACGGCAUGGGGAGGAGGCUGGGGACGUGCCUGGCUGGCCCCGCACAAAGCGGCUUUGUCAGGGCAGGGGGGGACGGCACCGGGCACAGCGCUGGCACCGGGGCCCUGGUACAGCACCAGCCCCAGAGCCCAUCCUGCCCACCCCUCUGGCAACAUCAGGGCACCCGGCGCCGCGGGGUCGGGUCCGAGGGCGGUUUGGUGCUGCCUCUUUGCUUGUGGGUGGUGCCCACGAGGAAGAAUGUGCCCCUUCUUCACUGCCACUGACUGACUGCCUGCCCUCAGCUCUGCGGCUCAGACUGGAUUAUUGGGAUGUUUCUGCUUCCCUGCACUCAGGAAUAACAAUUUCUGGCCACUCUUUUUUUCAGGGUUAGUGAAAGCGAGUCCCUUUUCCAACAGGUAUUUUUUUCACCCGGUGUCCUCUGCUUUGUGCACUUGAAGCCAUCUUGCUUUUGCCCCCUUGCACCCUGCUGCUCAGCAGUGCUCACACCUUCCCCGCCCACUGCCCCUCACCUUCCCAGAGGUGGGCAGAGGCAUCUCGAGUGAACCUUGUGACACGAGCAGGUGGGAACAGACCCCUUUUCUCCCUCAGCAGCAAUGGCUGGGUCCGAGGUGACCUUCAGAUCCCGGGAGAGCUGGGAUCACCCAGCCCUGGCUUGCAACUCGAUCCUUCCCCCUCAGCUGCUGGCACUGAGCUGAGCUCGGCGCUGCAGUCGCUCUCUGGGGGUGGAAGCAGCAACAGGGACGAUGAUGUUGCUCCAGGGACUUCCCCAUCCUGGGAAACACCGCUUUUACAACCUUCCUUGCUCCUGCCCUGUUACCUGGGCAGCGUGCUGGGUGUGUCUGUGUUUGUGGAGCAGCCGCAGCGCUCGGGAAUGGCCACCAGAAACAAUGGGAAAAAGCAAUCCAUAAUCCAAACCUCCACGCUCUGGCUGAGCGAGAGGCUCCAGCUCUCGGCCUUUCCCUGCCAGCCAGCCCCCAAAGUGCCGUAGAGAGUCUGAGCUGGAUGGGAUUUAAUGCUGUUUUUAUGGGAAUCACCAGUGAAGUGAUUUGGCGAGAACAGGGGCACCCGACAGCUGAGCUCCCUCGGUGCCAGGAGGCCCUUUGGACUUGCUUUGCCACAUGCUGAAAAGAAGUUGAUCUGGGUGGCUGGAGGUGACUGAAGCUGUUUAUUUUGGAAACAGAAAUGAAGAGUUUGAGAGGAAGAUAAUCGUACCCGUGUGGCUAAUGGUGCUGAGGACCCCAUGCAACGGCCUCCUGCAAACUGAGGACCCACCAAAACCAUCCAAGAUUGUGCUUUGGGAAGAGAGAAAGGUUCUGCAGUGCUGGUGGGAAGAGGGAAGGGGGGCAGAGGGCUGCGCUCCCAAAUUGCAGCAGGGAAGGAGCCACCACAAGCAACCCGUGGAUGUGUUUAAUUUCAAAACAAUAAAUAUUUGGGCUUAA